AGGGGAGUUCCCCUUGCGUAUUUUCUGUAGCGACGUUUCCGUGUUCGCGAAGUGCUCAACAUUUCCUUGAAGAACCCACCUGAUUUACCCGUUCAGUCCUGAUCGCUGGAUAAGAUAGCAGUGACAUUCAUGCCUUAGAGGACUUCAUUCAUGAGAGGAAACGGGACCGUACAACCAUCUCCAGAUAGGAACAUUUGAAACGCCUCUCGCCGGAUUGGGUCUGUAGUCUGUGGGCAAGACGUCUGGUUAAACGCGUGGCUGCUGGUUACUCUGAAAACAUCAGGUUCAGGUGCAUUGUGUCAACUUCUCGGGAGUGUCGUUCUCGUAAGAGCAGCAGCACCACUAUGAGUCAAUGGAAACAAAUCCAGUCACUGGAUAUUAAGUUCCUCGAACAGGUGGACUAUUUUUAUGAUGACAACUUUCCAAUGGAGCUGAGACAGGUGCUGGCCAACUGGAUUGAAAGCCAGGACUGGGAAACAGCUUCAAACCAUGAAUCUAUGGCUACGGUACUCUUCAAUAACUUCCUCAUUCAGCUCGAGAGGCAGUGUUCUCAAGAGCAGAACUUUCUUCACAGACACAACCUAAAGAGAAUAUUUCAUCAGAUACAGGUAAAAUACAAGGCGAAUCCUCUGCACAUGGCUGCUGUCAUCUGUAACUGCCUGAGGGAAGAAAGACGCAUCUUAUCCACAGCCAGCAUGCAGGAACAGGGACCACUGGAGAAGUCAAUGCAAAACUCAGCCACCUUGGAGAAGCUGAAAGUUCUUGACAACAAAGUGGCAGUCAUAAGAAGCAGCGUUCAGAUGCUGGACCAGGCUGUGAAGUAUCUUGAGGACAUGCAGGACGAUUUUGACUUUCGCUACAAAACACUCCAACUUCGAGAUCCAGUUGAGAGAAACUCUUUAACCAUGAAGCAAGAAGUCACUACUCUUCAGGAAAUACUGAACCGCCUGGAUUUCAAAAGAAAGGAGAUUUUGUCAAAGAUUGCAGAUGUUAUAAAGGAAAUUGAGACCCUGAUCUCCUCCCAGCUCAACCCUGAGCUUAAGGAAUGGAAACGGAGGCAACAGAUCGCCUGCAUCGGAGGACCGGUUCUGAUAGGACUGGACCAGCUCCAGAACUGGUUUACCCUGACAGCCCAGAGUCUUUUCCAGAUUAAAAGACAGCUAGACAAACUGGGUGAGCUGAUCCUGAAAGUCACUUACGAGAGUGAUCCAAUCCCUCUCCAGAGACCCCAGAUGGAGGAGCAAGUCAAAUACCUCAUCUACCACCUCAUUAAAAGCUCCUUUGUGGUGGAGAAGCAGCCAUGCAUGCCUACACACCCUCAGAAACCUCUAAUCAUCAAAACACAGGUGCAGUUUACCACCAAGGUCAGAUUACUGGUUAAAUUACCUGAGGUGGAUUAUCAACUCAAAGUCAAGACCACAUUUGAUAAAGACCUUCCUCCAGGCAAAGUGAACAGACAGUUCUUCAUCCUCACCAACAACACCAAAGUGAUGGAUGUUGAGGAGUCAACUGGAUGUCUUUCUGUAGAGUUCAGGCAUCUGCAGCUGAAAGAGAGAAAGUGUCCAACCGGAGGGAAAGGAAAUGAGGGUCCCCUGUCAGUGACAGAGGAGUUACACUCUCUCAAUUUUGAGGCCAUGCUGAUGUUGCAGGGCCUGGAUAUUGAUCUUGAGACUUGCUCCCUGCCACUGGUGGUCAUCUCCAAUGUCAGUCAGCUCCCAGGGGGCUGGGCCUCUGUCAUGUGGUACAACCUGCUAACUGACGACCCCAAGAAUCUUGGAUUCUUCAGUAACCCCUUGCGGGCAAGUUGGAGUCAACUCUCAGAGGUACUCAGCUGGCAGUUCUCAAGUUUUGCAGGCCGAGGACUCAACAAAGAGCAACUUAACAUGCUGGGAGAUAAACUUCUGGGUCAACACGCUUCUUAUAAUGACUGCCAAGUUUCUUGGUCCAAGUUCUGGAAGGAAAACAUUCCUGGCAAAUCAUUUAGUUUUUGGCUGUGGCUGGACUCAAUCUUGGACCUUAUAAAGAAACAUUUACUUCCUGUUUGGAUUGAUGGCUACAUAAUGGGAUUUGUGAGUAAAGAGAUGGAACGUGCCUUACUGAAGGAGAAGGAGCCAGGGACAUUCCUGCUACGCUUUAGUGAAAGUCACCUUGGAGGAAUCACCUUCACCUGGGUUGAGCAGGAUGAAAACGGAGACCCAAAGUUCAUCUCUGUAGAGCCGUACACGAAAAACCGUCUCAACGCCUUGCCCAUUGCUGAUAUAAUACGGGACUAUAAGGUCAUUGCAGAUGGUGUCGUCCCAGAGAAUCCUCUAAAGUUCCUUUAUCCUGACAUCCCGAAGGAUGAGGCUUUUGGGAAACAUUACAACAGCCAGCAAAACAAAGUUUGUCCUUACAUUCAGACACAGUUAGUUCCAAUUUCCCAUCGGAAUGGUCCUGUCCAAAAUGCAUGUUCCUCUCCUGAACCCCCCAUGUCUCCUGGAAUGUUUGAAAUUAUCACCCAGCACCUCAGCCCCUUUGAGUUUGAAAGCGCUCCUGAGAUAUACUGCUUUUGUGCCUUGACCCAACUUCUAUGUGAAAAGAUGACACUCUGGAACCAGCUGCAGCUGCUGGACUCUCUGUAUUUAGAGCAAGUGGACCAGCUUUACGAUGAGGCUUUUCCAAUGGAGAUCCGACAGUAUCUCAGUCAGUGGAUUGAGAGUCAUGACUGGGAAUCAGUUGCAAGUAACGUAUCUUUGGCAACCCUACGCUUCCAUGAACUCCUAAACCAACUGGAUGAGCACUACAGCCGUCUCAACCUAGGAAACAACUUCCUUUUACAGCAUAACAUACGCAAAAUUAAGCGUAACCUACAGGACCACUUCCAGGAGGAUCCUGUUCACAUGGCUAUGAUCAUAGCUAGCACUCUGAAUGAAGAGAGAAAGAUACUGGAAAAUGCACUUACAACUCAAGGUAAAGGUGGCUCAUCACAGGGGAAUAUCACGAUUGAACAGCAAAAUGAGUUGGGCAAUAAAGUCAACAGUUUGAAAACGAGUGUGCAGGAAAUAGAACAGGACAUUCAGGUUCUGGAGGAUGUGCAAGAUGAGUACGACUUCAAGAGAAAUACUUUGCAGAGUCGAGUGGAAGUUGAAAUGAAUGGCCAGAUAACAAAAGAGAUCCAACAAGAGGAAUUGGCAAUUAGACAAAUGUUUGUUGGGCUGAGCAUGAAAAGAGAGGUGGUGAUAAAGGAAAUCUCUAAUACACUGACUCUAGCAGAGCAGAUCCAGCUCGCACUCAUAUCAGAAGAGUUACCUGAGUGGAAGAAGCGACAGCAGAUGGCUUGUAUCGGUGGGCCGCCCAAUGCCUGCCUGGACCAACUGCAGAGCUGGUUCACUGUGGUGGCAGAGUGUCUUCAACAGAUCCGUCAGCAGCUGAAGAAAGUUCAGGAAUUGGUGCAGAAAUUCACCUACAACAACGACCCCCUCACUCUGGGCAAGAGCCAGCUGGAUGACCAGGCCCUGUCACUCUUCAAAAACCUGAUAUUAAAUUCUCUUGUGGUGGAGAGACAGCCAUGUAUGCCGACACAUCCUCAGAGACCCUUGGUGAUAAAAACAGGAGUUCAGUUCACAGUCAAGAUCAGAUCACUAGUCAAACUUCCUGAACUGAACUGUCAACUCAAAGUAAAAGUCUCUAUUGACAAAGAUUUAACAGAGAAAGACACAAUAAAAGGAUGUAGGAAAUUCAACAUUUUAGGAACGUUUUCUAAAGUUAUGAACUUAGAGGAAUCCAGUGGGUGUCUAGCAGCUGAAUUUCGUCACUUGCAAUUAAAAGAGAUGAAAAGUAACAACAGAACCAAUGAGACUCCUCUCAUCAUUUCCGAGGAGCUGCACAUACUUAACUUUGAAACUCAACUCAUUCAGCCAGAACUAUGUGUUGAUUUAUCGAUCACAUCACUUCCUAUUGUGGUGAUCUCCCAUGUGAAUCAGUUACCUAGUGCUUGGGGCUCCAUCUUAUGGUACAACAUGCUCUGCAGUGAACCCCACAAUCUGUCGUUCUUCUUGAAUCCUCCACCUGUGAAAUGGGGGCAGCUUUCAAAGGUCUUGAGCUGGCAGUUUUCUUCUGCCACUAAACGAGCGCUGAACUCUGAGCAGCUGAGAACGCUGGCCGACAAAGUUCUUAGUCAUGAAGCCCAAGAUAACCCUGAAGGUCUCAUCCACUGGAAUACAUUUUGUAAGAUGUCUCCUAAUGAGAGGGCUGUACCAUUCUGGCUGUGGAUAGAUGGUAUUCUGGACCUUAUUAAAAGACACCUGCUCAACAUCUGGAAUGAUGGGUAUAUUGUAGGGUUUUUGAGUAAAGAGCGAGAGAAGGCUUUGUUGAGCGAUAAACUCCCCGGCACUUUCCUUCUGCGCUUUAGUGAAUCCUCUCGAGACGGAGGAAUCACCAUCACAUGGGUGGAGUAUUCACAGGACGGUGAACCUAAGACACAUUCAGUGAAGCCCUACACUAAAUCAGAUCUGGCGUCCAUUUCCUUGCCUAACGUCAUCCGCGACUACACCCUCACUGCUGCACAGAAGAUUCCGGUGAACCCUCUCGUCUACCUUUACCCAGACAUCCCAAAAGAUGACGCCUUUGGUCGCUACUAUAUCAGCUCUUGUGAUGAUACAGAAGAGAUGGAGAUAGACAAACCUAGGUCAUAUAUCAGGCCAUAUAUAGGCAGGCGCAUAAUUUCUGUGUCAGAUGAACCUUUUUCAAGACCCUGCAAGUGUUAGAGCACCUCAAGGCAAAACUGAUAUGAGGAACGUUUCUCCACCAAUGCAUCUGAAUUAAAUCCAGAGCAUUUUUAUGGAGGAAAAUGAAUCUGUUUCUAGAAGUAUUGUAUCUGGCACACAGAUAUCCAUAAUGAAUAAUGGAUACAAAUAGCAAUGCCCAAAUGAUUUAUCUUUGCAUGGGUUUUCUCUAUAUAAGGAUCUGUCUACUACAUUUAUUCUCCACUUGUGUGAAGAAGAGGAGCAAUUUCGUUCUGUUAAAAAACAGUGUAAUCCUGUUCUUUUUGUUUGUUUGUAUAAAAAUGUGAACAUUGUAACGAAACUUGCAUGUUGCAUAUAUUUGAAUUUUCUGUGUAUCAGUCACUCAGAUACGGACUGUCGAAAUGGAUAUAUACAAAAACUCUGAAAAGCUUUUUCUGUGAAGACAUUUGUUUGUGAAAAGGACAUUCUUCUCCAUCUUGUGAAUCACUUAUUUAUUUUUUGCACAUUAAAAUAACUUUACAUACAAUUGCCUUAUGCACAUGUACUAUACACACACACAAACCAGCAAGAUAAAGUCCAACAGAAAUAAACAUCAACCUACCUACUUCAGUCAGAAAUACAGCUACAGAUCCAAACCAGGUCCAUUAGGCAAUGUUACAUACUGUCAUGUGAAGUAAAAAUAAAAACUAUUAAAUGGUU